UCCGGCUACCUUGACCUGUCCGUCUUCCCUGGACUGACCUAUCCCCUCCCUACCUCCCCACCUAUACUCUCCUCUCCACCUAUCUUCUCCUCUAGCCAUCUUCAGUCCGCCUCCCCCUCUCUCCCUAUUUGUUCCAGAACCCUCACCCCAUCCCCCUCUCUGAUGAAGGGUCUAGGCCCAAAACGUCAGCUUUUGUGCUCCUGAGAUGCUGCUUGGCCUGCUGUGUUCAUCCAGCUCCACACUUUGUUAUCUUGGAUUCUCCAGCAUCUGCAGUUCCCAUUAUCUCUGCUAUCAAACCUCUCUGCUCGGCAAACACACCAACAUCUACAACCAGCACUCAAGCUACAAGUCUUCACUCAAACCCUGAAGAUAGCAAUGGAGUUUUAAAAAUCACAACUCUAAAAUAAUAGGUGAUAAUACAGGCUACUUGAAUUGGUCAAAAACAGUUUCAAGAAAAAGAGAAUCAAGGAGAUAAUAGCUUGGAGGAUGAUUUUCCUUUCAAUGAGGGAUUAAAUUUAAACAUAAGCUAUGCCUAGAUGAAAAAAUACUUUAAAAAAUUGAAUGGAAAUCAGCUUUGUGCCUAUAUUUACAGAGGAUUAAGUACAAAGGUAAUUUACCUCAUUUGAGAAGAUGACUGAACAGAUGAAAUGGAAAAAGGAUAAUUGGUACUAAAUAUUACAAAGUAUUUUAACAGUUGUGGCUGUGACCCAUUAUGCCAGUUUUCCAGAAGAACCAUCUCUGAAGUAAAAAGCUGUCAAAAAUGCAACAUUCAAUGUUUAUGAGCCUGUGCUGAUGUUUACCAAUCAACAUUUGGACCCCAAAAAAGAAACCCAAUCAGUUAUUUGCAGAAUUUGCAGGGAAGAAAGAAAUGUUGGAUGAAAUUGAGGAAAAUAUUGGAUAGUCAUAUAGAUCCAUACAAUGCCGGCUGAUCCUUGGGUUGGAACAUGGAGGCCUCACAGGCCAAGAAUGGCAAUUGCAGCUAUGUACAACAGUCCAGGUCCCAAAUACAUGUUGAGAGGACAAACAGGUUUCUGGGAUCAUGAUGUAACAACGAACAGGGCACCUGCUUAUUCCAUGGCCAAGCGCCAUCCGGGUCUGAAAGACAGCGGUACACCUGCACCAAGAACACUCCCAGAAAAGAUGACUCACCAUGGGAAGGAGAGUGUUCCUGCCUGGACAAUGGCACACCGACACAAGGACUAUGACCCUGGUAAAACUCCAGGACCAGCAAACUACAAGGUACACGAGGCAGAUCGAUUAGUUCACCACAAUGUACCUGCAUAUUCCAUCGCACUGCGAACGGUCGGAUUUAAACUAAACGAAGGCCCAGGGCCUGCGCGAUACAAGGAUGUGCCAGUGUCUGGGCCAAAAAUCCCACACCUGAAGGCAGCACCUGCCUACUCCAUCUCCCAGAAAACUGCAUUUGGCAGCAUGCUGAGUAACAUCGUGAAGGUGGGAUCGGCGUUCAUACCCAUGCCGCUGCGUGAAGCCCAGGACAGGUUUCCCGCUGAGCCUGCCCUCCAAAUCAGCAGCCUCUGCUGUUCUUCCCAGAUCCCUCCAUCCGAUUUCAAAUCCAGCGCAAACAAAAUCCCUACCUCACCCAGGCACCGGUCCAAACAUAGGGAGUGUACAAAUCUGAUGCGGAUUGUACUGCGAAUAUCAAAGACUCCAGGGCCGUGUGCUUACAAACACGUAGAUACUGAUGUGUUCAAAAACAGAGCACCCAAAUACACCAUAGUAGAACGCAAUACCAUUCCGGGAGACACUACAUUGAAACCUGGACCAGCCCGCUACAGAGCAGAAAACGUGAACUUGCAUAAGAAUUACCCCAAGUAUACCUUUGGAAUCCACCACUCUGAGUUCCUCGCACCCCUUAUUGUGGCUCCAUCAGACUGAGAUAAAACAAUGCAGCCAGCCUCAUUUCCCCAGCAAACUCUUACAGUCCUGAAUUGCAAAAAUGUCAAUUGUACUUUUAAGAAAUCACUCAUUUAAACUUUUAAAUUGUUGCUCAUCUCAUGUGUAUGGUGUGAAACCUGGCAGUUUUCUGUAUUAGCAGCUUGGUAUUGACAUUUAACUCAAUAAAAACACUGGCGGGUGGGGCAAGAUCAGUAUGAGCCGCAGACCUGGAUUUUAGACAGACUCCAAGCUCAUUUAUCUUACAGCAAUCUGAGUCAUGGUGCAGUUAUGAUCUGUUGCAACUUCUCAUCCUUCAGACACAGCAAGAAACUCUGCCGACCUUUCAGAGAUCAGGUGUGCAGACUACUCACCAGGCACAGGAAUAUACAAGUGAAUUCUUGGCAAUCAUGUGUCUCAAUUUAUUUCAGAUAUAGUAGGAACUGCAGAUACUGGAGAAUCUGAGAUAACAAGGUGUAGA